AUGUGUUAUAUCUCCAAAGCUAUCCUGAAUAACUCGUCAGUAGUUCAAGUAAAAGCACACAAACUCGCACCUAAAUUAAAUACACAUAUACCUUUGGGGGGCUUCCCAGGUGGCUCAGUGGUAAAGAAUCUUGACGUCAAUGCUGGAGAUGCUAGUUUGACCCCUGGGUUGAGAAGAUCCCUGGGAGGAGGUCAUGGCAACCCAAUCCUGUAUUCUUGCCUGAAAAAUCCCAUGGACAGAGGAGACUGGCAGGCUGCAGUCCAUGGGGUCACACAGCUGAGGGGGCACACACACACACAGCUUUAG